AUGCCAGUAUUUCUAAAAUCAUGGUUACCAAAUAAUACAUUAAAAACUUUAAAACUUGAGAAUUUUAAAAGUGAUAAAGAUAAGUUACAAUAUAAAGAAAUUUAUGGAAAUAAUUUAAUUAAUGAAGAAACUAUAAAAUUUGAAUAUCUCAGAAAUAAAUUUAAUAGAGGAAAUAAUUUUUAUUUAAAGAAUGAUACUUAUUUGAGAAAUUCUGAUACUAUAAAACAGACAUUACGUGUAAUUUUUCGAGAACUUAUACAACAAUAUAUAUUAAAUAAAUCAGGGUAUUGCUUUCCUUCAGUAGACGAGCUUAGAGAACUUUGGUUAAAGAGAUUUACACUUAAAAAUGUAGAUAUAAUGUAUUUAAUAAAAUUGGCUGAUCUUACAGAUUUCAUUAUAAUAGAUAGUGAUUAUUUUAAGAGAGGAAAUAAUAAUGAAUUAGAAAAGAAUUGUUAUAAAAAUAUGAUAGAAUUAAACAAGAAUGUAGACGAGUUAUAUAGUCAGCAUAAAAUAAUGGAUAAUUUUAAUAUUUUUCAUGGGGAAUAUAAUAACGAUAUAUUAAUAGAAAAAGAUAAAAAUCUUUAUAUUGAAAGUUAUUUAAGACAAGAUAUUAAUUUGAAAAAUAAUAAGAAAUUAACAGAUUUAUCUGAAAUUAUCGGAAAUUAUAAUAUACAAAAUUUGUCAAAUAUUGAAUAUAUAGAAAAUAAGUCUUAUUUAAAUAUAGAUAAAGGUAUGGGUAUUAAGAAUCUUACUAAUAAAGAAUAUACAAAUAAGAUAGAAUGUUUAAAAACUGAAGAGUUUAAUAUAAAACAUAACCAAAAAUAUAUUAGAACAAACUUGAAUAAAAUAAAUCAAUUACAAGAUAAUAUACAGAUAAAUUCAAAUUAUAUUAUAAAUUUGGGAAAGUCUAGAUGUUAUUCAACUCUAUCUAAUAACUCACUAGAUAAAUUUGAAAGCUUUGAAUAUUGCAGAUUUAUAGAUUCUGGUAAUAAUUUGACAUAUAUGAAAAACUCAACAGAUAAUUGUAUAUCUCAUUCUUCGAGUACUUCCCUACCAUCAAUAUGCAUAGUAAAGAAUGAAGGCCCAAAUAAUAAUAAAUAUAAUAGUUUAGAAAGUAAGAUUAGUAACUAG